GUGUCCCGUCUUCCCCCAUUGUGCUAUAUAUAAGUUACAUAAAUUCAACAUAUACGUGGGGAGAGAACCAUUGCAAUAUAAACGCGAUAAGAUCCAAACAAUUUUGUUUUUGAUCAAACUCGAUUGUUUUGAACUGAAAUGCCUGUGUUGUUACGUCAAAUAAUUUAUUUGUAAUUAGUUAUUCUUUUAAUGACGUAAAACCAGCGAUAAAAUUUAAGGUGGGGCAGUAAAUAACCGUUACUUUUACGGACUCCGCUCGAGCGUAUAAAGACCUGUGUAUAUAUACGGCCAACGCUCUUUGUAGUGUGCAUUAUAUUUUGACCUAUUUAGCGUUCCCUGUUAAAAUGAAGCUAAUACUCUGUUUUCUGUUGUCCUUACUUGAACCUGUAUUCAUGCUUACCCAGCGGGAAUUCACCAUUUUAAACGAAAACUCUCACGGGUCAGUUAUUGAAGGUGCUUUCGUCAUAGAAGAGGAUUAUGACGAUGCAGGAGUUGCUGUUUAUAAGAUUUCUAUCACAGGAUACCCACAACAUGCAACUGCGGAUUGCUACAUGUCUCAAUUAGAUUGCUGCAGAAGCAAUGUAGAACCAGUGGAGUCUCCAGCCAGCAUGACUAUUUAUCGAGACGUUGAGAUGACAGAAAAUGUUUACUGUACACCGCUUGGAACUGUAGGUAUGUCAACUGGCGGGACACACUUUUACAAUCAUCUUGAAUCGGAAUGCGCCAAUGUUAAUAUUAUGGUAGAUGGAACCUUCGAUGAAUGUAAUGGACAUACGGGGAACAAUAUUUACCAUUUCCACAGAGCACCAAACCCAGAUUGUGUUGGUGGUUCUACACCAGGUCCACACAUCAUCGGUGUUUCUUUGGACGGAUUUGCAGUUUACAACUCCGAUAAAUACAAAGGUGUGACGCAGGAUUUGGACGAAUGUGGAGGAUUCGCACCUGAAGGCGACCCAACUAAAUACAGAUACGUUGCUCAAUAUGGGAGCGGAGACGAACAAGGAACAGACUUUGUAAUACCUUGCUUCAGAGCUGUCCCUUAUGAGAACGCAUGUUGCGCAUGCAACGAAUGCGACAGAGUUACCCUGCCCAACUGCAAUCGAAGAGGAAAGCGAUCAUUCAAACCAGAAUAUCAUUCAUACAUGUUUAAUAGUUGGAGAACUGAUAAACAUAUCGCUCGUCGUAGUGUUGAACAGUGCAAAGGGUCAGAUCUUAGAACCUGGAGAGCGGAAUUCACGGAUGCUAUAUCAUGUGACUUAUGUACAAUCACAUGUGUGCCUACCGGUGGCUUCACGAAUUGGGAAGACACCAAGCUAUACAACAGAUGUAAAACUUGCACGUGAUUGUGAAGAAAAUGAAUAAUGUAUUACAUUCUUUUCAUUUGAUAUGUUUCUAUAUAUGGUCCUCUUGAUGCGCGCGCACGCUCUCUCUCUCUCUCUCUCUCUCUCUCUCUCUCUAUAGUUAUGUGUUUACAUUCAAAAAGCCGUAUAUUUUCAUUGCGUGUAAUUCAUAUACCGCUGUUUAUGAGACGGCAUAAAACUAUGUGUAGAAGCUAGUGCACCAAUGUCAUAACCUUUGCAAUGCCGUUCAUCCAGAAUCGAUUUCUUUCAUUUUGUUGGCAAUUGUUUCUAUUCUAUUAGUAAUGUAAAAUGACCUUCUUGCAUAUAUUUUGUGUUGGUGUAAUUUCUUUCAAUUCCGCUUUUACAUUGGUGUUACAAAAUAAACCACAUUAUCGUAUAA